AACGUUUAACGUAGAAAGUUCAUUCAUACGUGGAGACAAAGUAUUAUAAAAGGGCCCCUUACAACUACAAUGUCACAAACAACUGAUCCAAAGGGUUUGAAAGAUAAAAUUCACAGAAGACAGUAACAGUUAUUUUACCGAUCUGAGACCACCACGAUGUACGCAGCAAUUCUUACCAUCAUUGCUAUGCUGUACGCGACUAAUGCCCAAUCCUUGGAUGAACUUUGCACGAUGAACAAAUGGUUGAGAGGUGCAAGCUACUUCGAACAUCCGACAGACUGUGAAAAAUUUGUUCAGUGUCACCGGAACGCUCUCGGUAGACUGGUUGCGGAGGAGCAACAGUGUUCGUUUCCAACCUAUUGGAAAACUGAACUUUUAACAUGUGUACCAGUCCAAGAAAUCAUGUGCGCAAACGAUAAAUGCGCAGUGCUGCCUGAUGGUUCGGUACGGGGAGGAUACAGGAACUGUCGAGGUUACUGGGAGUGUCAGGAUGGGAAAUCUGAGCCAAAAUGUUGCCCAUUGGGUCAGAAAUUCGAUGAUGACUUUGGGUGUGUGGAAACAAAGGAUGAAGACGACGAAUGUAAGGACACUUGUAUGGGGAUUGUGUACGAACCAAAGAAUGAGACAUUGAAUGAAACUGUCGUCUGCCCCAAACUGGCUAUUGCCGGAGAGCCAGGAUACUAUAAACAAUACGAGGAAGGAUGGGGGUUAAGGAAAUUUCCAUGUUCCCCGGGAACAGUUUUUGACCAAGACAUGUGCGAAUGCGUCAGGGCGGCUGCGCCUGUGGAGAAAGCUAAAUGCAAACCGGAAGUACAUCUUACCUUUACGAACAAUCAAACGGUAAUUAACGGUUAUUUCGUUGAAAAUGAAAACGUAAUUGUACAAAAUGGCGUCGCUGAUUUCAACGGCGUGAACAGCCGGCUAAACAUUCCAAGAUUUAACAACAUCGAGCACAGCGAAGCCAUCGUCAUCAGAAUAAAAUAUACAUCUUCUCAAGAAAAGACCGGAUAUCCACAAGCCGUCCUCUCCAACAGCGGAUGCGGCUUCCUUCCCUCUAUCAUUAUCUCUGAGGAUGAACACGCCGUAACAUUUGGCGUCGGGACGACGAGAAAUUUACUGGCAUCGACCUCAGUAAAACAGCCGAAGGAUAUUUUGUCGACGGAAAAAACUGUGGAAUUAAAGUUUCUGAACGGUGUUCUGAUGGGAUCAGUGAACAACGUGGCGUCUGCUGUACCAGCCAACGGCUACCUGAGGAAUGUUCAGUGCACACUUAAUGUUGGGUUUGCCGAGAAUAUGUCGCAUUUUAAAGGGAAAGUUGAUGAACUGUCCGUGUUUAUGUGUGAUCCAGAUAUGCCAUAGAUUUAGUUUUGACCCUUACCCUGCUAUAUUUCUAUAAUGAACUUGUCCAUCUUUCAAUUUGGACAGUACCAUUAACUGCGAGAA